AGCGAACCCGGAAGCGCUGGGCGGAGCGGAGGGAGCUGAGGAGGGGAGGGCGGCUGGGAGGGCUAGGGCAAAGCCCUGCCUGGCUGAGCCCCAGUUGCAGUGGCCCGGGCCGGGACCUGGUGGAGGUAGCAGCGACAGCGACAUGGCUGAUGACUCUGAGGACAAUGUAUACCAGAGCUCAAAUGCUACCUACAGAGCCUUGAACAAGCCUCACAAAGCUGACCAGGAAGCUCUGCUGGGAAGACUACUCGACUACCCAGCCCCCGGCCUGCAGAGGCCAGAGGACCGCUUCAAUGGCACCUACAUCAUCUUCUUCAGCCUGGGAAUUGGGGGCCUACUGCCCUGGAACUUUUUUGUCACUGCCAAGGAGUACUGGGCAUUUAAACUCCGCAACUGCUCCAGCCCAGCGUCAGGGAAGGACUCUGAGGACACAGACAUCCUGAACUACUUUGAGAGCUACCUGGCAGUUGCCUCCACUGUGCCCUCCCUGCUAUGCCUCAUGGCCAACUUCCUGCUUGUCAACAGGGUCCAGGUGCACGUCCGUGUUCUAGCCUCACUGUCCGUCUCACUGGCCAUCUUUGUGGUUAUGAUUGCGCUGGUGAAGGUGGACACUUCCUCCUGGACCCGAGGCUUCUUCAGUGUCACCAUUGUGUGCAUGGCCAUCGUCAGCGGCUCCUCCACCAUCUUCAACAGCAGUGUGUAUGGCCUGACAGGCUCCUUCCCCAUGAGGAAUGCCCAGGCACUGAUAUCAGGAGGAGCCAUGGGAGGGACAGUCAGCGCUGUGGCCUCACUGGUGGACCUGGCAGCAUCCAGUGACGUGCGAGAUAGCGCCCUCGCCUUUUUUCUCACGGCAGCAGUCUUCCUUGGGCUGUGCGUGGGGUUCUACCUACUGCUGCCCCGGCUGGAGUAUGCCAGGUACUACAUGAGGCCAGUUGCCCCAGUCCACGUGUUUUCUGGUGAAGACAACCCACCACAGGACACUCCCAGCACCUCCUCAGUGGUUCCUGGGUCCAGAGUGCUGCACACACCACCCCUCGGACCUAUCCUGAAGAAGACAGCUGGCCUUGGGUUCUGUACCGUUUUCAUCUACUUUAUCACUGCCCUCAUCUUCCCUGCCAUCUCCACCAACAUCCGGUCUAUGUCGAAGGGCACUGGCUCUCCGUGGACCUCCAAGUUUUUCGUGCCCCUCACUGUCUUCCUCCUUUUCAACUUUGCUGAUCUGUGUGGCCGACAGGUCACAGCCUGGAUCCAGGUGCCAGGUCCUAGGAGCAAGGUGCUCCCUGCACUGGCACUGUUGCGUGUCUGCCUCGUGCCCCUGUUCCUGCUCUGUAACUACCAGCCUCGAUCACACCUGACUGUGGUGCUGUUCCAGUCCGACAUCUACCCUGUGCUCCUCACCUGCCUGCUGGGGCUUAGCAACGGCUACCUGAGCACGCUGGUGCUUAUCUACGGGCCCAAGAUUGUGCCCCGGGAGCUGGCUGAGGCCACGGGCGUAGUGAUGUCUUUCUACAUGUCUGUGGGCCUGAUGCUGGGUUCAGCCUGUGCAGCCCUGCUUGUACACUUUAUCUAGGAGGGGCGGUGAGGACACAGGUACUGUGUGAGACUUGGGCCCUUGGGGAGAGGCACAGGGAGAGCUGAGGUCUCUCAGAUGGUGUUAAGCAAGGGGCCAGUGUUCCGUUUGGUGCAGAGCAGAGCCCACUCAGGAUGCCUUUCUCUAGGGGUGCUUCUGAGCCACACCCUCGCACCACAGGAUGACAUUGCAGACACAGCCCAGCGUGGUGGCUCAUACUGAUAAUCCCAGCAUUCAUGAGGCUGAGCUGGAGUACUGCUGUGAGUUCAAGGCCAGUCUGGCUACAUAGUGAAACUCUAUCUCAAAAAAUAAGCUAAGACAGAAAACCUGAGACAUUCCAAACACUUCGAGAGAACACUCCAGAGUCAUUUGAAGGACACGGUUGUCGUAGCUAGGGUAUAGUGCUUAUUUAGCAGUCACGAAACCCUGAUUCCCAUCCCCAGCACUGCAUAAGCCAGACAUGUUAGUGAAAGCCUGUACUCCUAGCACUUGAGAGGUGGAAGCAGGAGGAUCAGAAGUUCAAGGUCAUCCUCAGCUAGAUAGGGAGUUUGAGGCCAACCUGGGCUAUAUGAGAUACUGUCUCAAAACAAAACAAAACAAAACAAAAAAUACAGUUGUAAAGAGGGGGGCGUGUUACCUUUGUGACUAAUAAGGAGCCUGUGUCUAACUUGUGUUGUCACAAGGCCAGAACCCAACCUCACUCUUUCCAGCUGACAGCAAGGUGGGAGAGAAUCUUGAGUGUUCUCUCUACUGAAAGAGGCCCCUGGAUUUGAGGUCCCCUCUGCAAUGGCCAGUACUCUGGACUUAGGGCCCACACAUAUGCUAAUCCCCUGCCUCUGUGGGUUGAGAGUAGACCAACCGUCUGGAAAGGGUCACAAGGCAGGCUUCCUAAUACUUCUUGCCUAGGUCUGGGCUCCUGAAGUCUGAAUCAGGGAUUGGGCCUUGGAAGACCUGGUCCCCGGAUGAGUACCAUGUGGCCCAGUGCCCUGUCACCUAUUUAGGGUAGGGGAAGUCUUUUUAGCAGUCAUGUUUACAGCCUGUUGGGGCACUUGGGGCAAGGGCAUAAUAAAUCUUGGGGUUCUCAAUGUGA